CGCGUUUGCGUCUGACGUCACAUACUGGCUUGUUUUGGCCGUUCGUUUCGAUAUCCGGCGAUCAAAAGCUGUCGAUGCUGGCCGUUGUGACUAAGAGAGUCCUGUGUGUGCAUGGGUGUUUGUAUGUGGAAGAGUGAGAGAAGGUGGAAACCUCAGGGAGUCUGUGUCUUAUCAUGGCUGAUGGGUCAAGCGAUGAUGAUGUCAUCCACCUGGCUAGUUUCAACACCCAUCGUGGUAAAGGUAAGAGAAAUAGGAAGAGGACAUACAUAACCAUAUCGUCUGAUUCUGAAGAUGAACCAGUCAGAUUCGUACCAGACAGAUUUGUUGUGGUAAAGGAUGAUGAGGAUGAGGACGUCAGCAUCUUAGAGCCCUCACCUCAUCGCGAAUUGAUCCGGCCUGCUGCAAAGUGGGGCGCGAGCACCUACCCUAGCCAGGCAUCCGGAUCCGACAGACAUCCUACCACUGCACACGACCACCAUCCAUCUGUAGCCGCUGCACAUCCUACAUUAGGAAACCAAGCCAUAGGUGUCUUAACCACGGACCAGAAUUCUUUACCCUCAACAUCUAGAGAAUAUGCCUUGCACAGACCUCCAUUGCCUGUUAGAAACUCACUGUCCCAUCAAACGGCACCCUCAUCCAGCACCCACUCAGAAAAUCAGGCCAAUUCUGUCAUAACUCCACCCACCACCGAAUCAGGUCAAACGGACUCGGCCCAAAGAAUUAAUGUAAUAAUUCGGGAUAGAACCGAGAAGCACACGAACAGGCCUCCGACGCCACAGGACCCUGCGCUAGUGGAGAUCAGACCAAAAGAAGAGCCACGGCAGGUUGUGGCUCCCAUUACCCCUGCACGUUUCAUCGCACCGACUGAUAAUGAAAGACCUGGACCUUCAGUGCCCAGAGAGCCACCGGUAUAUCAGGCUCCUGACCAGACGCCCAUCAAUGUCCUAGUGAAAGGAGUGAUGGACCUUUUCCCAGAUGUGCAGGAAGCAUAUGUAGCAGAACUGAUAGAGAGAGGCGGCCUAAAAGAUUUAAAUGUAAUAUGCAAUAUAUUAUUGGAAAAUCCAGAUCAUCCGAAGAAAGCAAACUCGGUUUUGACACAAAGCAGUGUUCUUCUUGAGACUGGUGACUCUGAGACGCAGGAAAGUGAAAAUUAUUUUGAUUAUUCCAAACUAAAGACUGUUGGACCUGAGGUUAUAUUGCAAGCAGCCGAUUUGCUAAUGGGUGACUUCAAAAUGUUGAGCUGUCAGGAUAUCAAAUGGGCCCUGAAUUGCCUCAAAGGACACUAUGCAAUCACACGAAAGGCCUUAUUCGAUGCCCUUAAGAAGUGGCAGGAGAACUCUACUGACCCCUCAGGGAAGAAGAAGAAACGCAGAGAUCCAAACGAACGUGCUUUCAUAAACUUCAAGUUUGAGCAGGGUUCUUUUAAACUGGAGAGAAAGAUGUACUUUUUAGAGAAGAAUCGGCGGUGGAGCCGAGGUAGCGAUACCUCCACGCUGGAGCAGUCUCUCGUGAAAGAGGUUCAGUUUUAUGAGCAGAAAGCCAAGGAGAUGGCUGAGCAUGAAGAUUUUCUCUUGGCUUUGCAAGUGAACGAAGAGCAAUAUCAAAAGAACGGACAGUUGAUCGAGUGCGGAUGCUGCUGUGGAGAGUUUGCCUUCGAGGAGAUGACCCAGUGUACAGACGGCCAUCUUUUCUGCAAGGAAUGCCUGGUGAAGUACGCACAGGAGGCCGUGUUUGGAUCGGGGCGGUCAGAGUUGAGCUGUAUGGAUGGGAGCUGCACCUGUUCCUUUCCAACCAGUGAGCUGGAGAAAGUUUUACCUGAGAACAUCCUUUGCAAAUAUUACGAACGACAGGCAGAAGAGGCCAUAGCAGCCACCUGUGCAGAUGAACUGGUCAGGUGUCCGUUUUGUAACUUCCCAGCACUUUUGGAUAAAGACAUUUCUCUGUUCAGUUGCCCAAACCCUCGCUGCAGAAAGGAGAGUUGCAGGAAGUGCCAUGUGGUGUGGAAGGAGCACGCAGGAAAGACCUGUGAGCAGGUGAUGGAAAGAGACGAGAUCCGGCUACGAGUGGCUUUUGAGGAAAAGAUGACCGCCGCCCGUGUCAGAAAGUGCCACAAGUGUUCCACAGGUCUUGUCAAGUCGGAGGGCUGCAACCGAAUGUCGUGUCGAUGCGGCGCAUUUAUGUGCUACCUCUGCCGGGAUCCUAUUAACGGCUACAACCACUUCUGCCAGCACGCUCGCUCGCCCGGAGCUCCCUGCCGACACUGCAGGAAGUGCUCGCUGUGGACGGACCCCACGGAAGAUGAUGAGCGAAUUAUUCAGGAGAUCCAGAAAGAGGGCGAAGCGGAGUUAAAUAAGAAGAGCAAUCAGUCAGACACUGCAGGGAAGAGAGUGGGCCCUCCCCCGGAGCCGAUCCCAGCGAAGCGGCCCCGCGUUACACCGCAGGCCCCUAUCGCAGGUCCUCAGGCAGUACGCGCCCCGCUGCUCAUCCCCCAGGUCAUGUUACGUGGGCCACAGCGCGUUUAUCUCCAGCCCAUUCCGGCUCCUUACGUGCCGCCGUUACCCAACCUUCCCCCGGUGAACUACAACCCACGUAACCUGAACUAUGACUUCAAUUUGCCUAUGCACUAUGGACCACAUAAUCGCUACUAUAGACCUCUUUGAGGACACCACAGACUCAUCAAAACUAUUAAAAACAAUUCCAGACUUUUGUGUCUUAAACUGUUAGACCCCUAUUUUCUACAAAUUUUGUUACGGGAGCCAAACUGUUUUUCUGGAAGGCUUAAGAAUGCAGCAGAGUGCCUGUUGGACUUGAUUCUUCUGUUUAUUUCUUUUUAUUCUUUUUAUUUCGAAUGAAGAAGAGAGCAAAUAAUACUUCUGUUAGUUUUCAGCUGAAUAAAAAUGAAAAAACCUGUUGGAAAUUUGAAUUUGGUUUGCUAAAUCUGAUAAUAUAACGAAAUUGGUACUUAGCAUCUUAGCAUUACAACAUUUUUGACCGUUUAUAGACAGAUGUUUACUUCUAAAUAUGCAAAUGUCUAAUUCAGUACUAGGAUCGGUAGCUCUCAAAAUCAUACAGGGAAUAACAUUGAGAAAAAAGUGAGGAAAGUAUUCAAAUCUCAUUGGAUAACUGACAGUAAGCUGUAUUCCCACACUCUCUCCCAUGGAUGUUUUGGAUUUUAGAUCAAGUUUGUUCAAAUGUUCAUUACUUCUGUCAUUUGUUUACACCAAGAAUGACAUGUUUGCUUUAUAUAUAUAUAUAUAUAUGGGUUUGUUUUAUCCUUUAAAUGAAAAAUCUGUUUACCAGCAGCAUACAACCUGCAGAUCACAUUUCCUGUGCUUAUUCUGUUGGCCAAUGUGUGUAAUAUUAAGAAAUAGAUUUAAUACUGAUAAAAUGUGUAAAACGAAGCUGCGAGCAUUACACGGUUACUGGUAGCUGGGAGGAUUAUUGAAUUAGUCAAUGUAUGUAAUAGACAUGUAACAUUAGCUUUUAGCUAAUGGGGCUCUGAUGAUGCAGAAUCUGUUGGUGCUGCUUAUCAGUAGCUGAUCAAAUAAUCCAAAAUGCUUGGUUAUGGCUGAUUCACUAAUGUCUCAAGUGCUAUCUGUAGUCUGAAAAAUUAAACCGUUUCGUU